GCACGUGUGCACGGGCGGAAAGAUAGCCCACUGCCCUAGAUAGCCCACUGCUUCCCGGGAUCGAGGCCCGCAUCCUGGAAGUACGACCUCCAGUCUUCCUUCCUGAUGUACACGGGCACAGAUAGCCGUAUUAACCCAGGCUGGCGGCCGUCGUGCCAGACCCUCCUCGCAGAGCCCAGCUUUCUGAGCACUCGGCGCCAGAGCGGAGCAAAUCUAGGAGUUUUUGGUGCGGUGCCGGGGUUCCUGCUCUAACGGCAGGCUCUGCAGACAGACGGGCCUUCUGCCUCUGGGCCCUGCCCGCGCCUGGCCUGGCUUCGCUGCUCCUCACCGUUUGCCUCCCCGCUAAAGGCAAAUCUCCCUCCGUUUCAGCCGCAGGCCGAUUUAGGUAACGUUCGUGCCUGACUCUGCAAUAUGCUCCCCGCUCGGAGAUGCCCCAUGGGAAAAGCCUUUUAAACAGGCGUGUGACAUGACAGAGACAAUGCAGGACACCGGCCAUCCUCUGUCCCAGCUUUCCCAGGCGUGUGCAGUAGAAGCCUGAGUGCACAACAUGGCAUGCGGUGAGCUGCAGCCGCCAGGAGGCAAGAGGCCUGGGGGACGAUGGCAUGUCUGGGGUGCUCCUGCACCAGCGCAGCCUGUGGCUGGCAAAUCCCCCAGCAAGAGAGCCCCGUCCCAGCUCAGGGCUUAGCUCUGCGAUCGCCUGUCUCCUGCACCUCCAAAGCAUGCACAUGGGGGGAGGGGGUUACCCAGGCAAUGCCCGCUGCAAGGUGAAGCCCUUCUGGCCCAGCCCCCCAGGGACAGCUGGACGUGGCUAUGGUUUUCUGAGCUUGUUUGGGCCACGUCCCACCGGGUCCUUGCUGCCUCCUACCGCAGCUUUUGGUUAAGCGGGAGGGGCAGGAACCCCUCUCUGGCUCACGGUGCUUUGCCCACUCGUGCCCCAGCGCUGACAGCCCACCUCCUGUAACACAGACCAGGGCAGCCACAGUGAAACGGCCCCAGCUCCCCGCCCCCCGGGUGUGUCCAGCUGCUCAGAGCCAUCUGGAAGCUGGCCAAUCCUUCAGCACCUCUCCUGGCACACACCCACCUGGGGAGCCUGGGAGCAUAAAGGCAGGUGCCCAGAGCUGCCUCGCUGGACAACAGCCACCUGACAGCGCCCCUCACUCAGAUCUAGGGACUUUUCUGUCCAGCCUCACGCCCUCGCCAUGCUGUUCUGGCACAGCCAGCCCGAGCACUACUGGCCAGGGCCAGGGGAGAUGUACCCCUGCUCUGGCGGCAAUCUGAUCAGGGAGUCCCUGGCGCUGCCUUUCCUGAAGCAGGAGGAGCAGAACAUCUCCACGUCGGCCGAGCUGCACUGCCCCGCCUUCCAGUACGUGCUCUGCGCCCCCACCUCGCCCGCUGUCAAACAGCACGAGGAGACCCUCACCUACCUGAACCAAGGCCAGUCCUACGAGAUCCGGAUGCUGUGCAACCCCAAGCUGGGCGACUUUUCCGAGUGCCGGAAGCUGCUGAAGAGCGUGGCCAGGGUGGUGUUUCACGACCGGCGCCUGCAGUACACGGAGCACCAGCAGCUGGAGGGAUGGAGGUGGAACCGCCCUGGUGACCGCAUCCUGGACAUCGACGUCCCCCUGUCUGUCGGGGUGCUGGAGCCGCACAUCCACCCCACCCUGCUGAACACAGUGGAGUUCCUCUGGGACCCCACCAAGAGGACAUCUGUCUUCAUGCAGGUUCACUGCAUCAGCACCGAGUUCACGCUGCGCAAGAACGGGGGCGAGAAGGGUGUCCCCUUCCGCAUCCAGCUCGACACCUACAAGGCCAACGAGAAGGGCGAGCACGUGGAUCACCUGCACUCAGCCAGCUGCCUUGUCAAAGUGUUCAAGCCCAAGGGAGCAGACAGGAAACAAAAAACUGACCGGGAGAAAAUUGAGAAACAAUCACCGCAGGAGCGAGAAAAAUACCAGCCUUCCUAUGAGAGCACGGUGCUGGCAGAGUGCACCCCCUGGCCAGAAGCCUCCAGCAGCCCCCACAGUCCCCCGGCCACCCCUGGGCUCCCCUCUCCUCCCGCCUUCAAACUGCUUACCCCAGAAAGGGGUUGUUCCUCGCCCAGCUACCCCUCCGACAGCCCAGCAGAGAGCACGGCCGAGGCUCUCAGUCCCUGUGCCUCCAUCUUGGAAACCCAGCAGUGGCUGCACAAGAAUCGCUUCGCCGCUUACUGCAGGAUGUUGGCUAAUUUCACAGGAGCUGACCUGCUGAAGCUUUCCCGCAGCGACCUCAUCCAGAUCUGUGGAGCGGCUGACGGGAUCCGGCUCUCCCAUGCACUGAAAGCCAGGUGCAUCCGCCCUCGGCUCACCCUGUAUGUAUCCAGGGAGCCCCAAGCCAAUGGCAGAGACACCCCUGAGGACUCACACCCAGCCACAUACCAAGAGGUCUAUCUGGAAGAACUCACCGCCACAGAACUGACCAAUAAACUGGCAGAGCUGCUCAGCCUCCCAGCCAACCAGAUCCAGCAGGUUUCCAAGCAGGGACCGACCGGGAUUCACAUCCUCAUCAGUGACCUGAUGGUCAGGAACCUGCCAGAUGAAUCCUGUUUCGUAGCAGCUGUUACCAAAGUGCAGGCUCCAGAAGGCUACCACUUAAUUUUAAGAUAGGCGCACAACAACCUAGGACAGUUCAAUGCAGAGAAGUGCAACGAGAGAAGUGAUGCCAAAUCACUGUCUGGAACCAAGGGAGAUUUCCCCACACAGAAGCUGGUGAAGAGGCCAACAGGAGCAUUUCCCAGCAAGGCAGUCCCAUCCCAGUGCUGGAAAGAAUCUAGGCCAAGACGGCCGCAGUGUCCUGCAUUUGUGAAAUGCCCAUGUGCCACCUGUUUGAAGACAUGCUCUGCUUUGUGUAGCCUUAGACCGUGGCACAUUGUUUACACUGAUGUUCCAUGGUGGCACGGUCAUACACACAGCCAGUGGCCUCCUGCACUCAGGGGCUUGGCAAUAAGGAGUUCACUUCUAGGCUGUUGGUUGAUAUCCAGCUUAAGUCAGUAAUGAUAUUUAGUCAUCUGGAGGUCUCUACAUCAUGAGGUUAGUGGGGGAAAUCUGUGGACAGAGGACUUCUAGGCAGAAUUUCCAAGGCACCCAACUCCCAGUGAGCUAGGCACCCAACCACCUUGGGAAGCUUUGCAAAUCCCUGCCUGCCAGGGAACCCCGUCAUCCCCCUUUAAAUUCUUCCCUUCACAGACCUGACCUGUAAGCAAAACCAAACCUCAGGCUGAGGUAAGCAGGCUCCUCUAAAUAUUGUAUCAUCUGCCUUAGUAUUAACACUGAAAAUCAACUGCCGUUUUUAGAGCUUUAUUUUUAUUUGGCUGUUGUAUUGUCUAAUCCUUUUUAUAUUAAAAAUAUCAGAGCUGAA